AUGAACAGUGAUCAAGUUACACUGGUUGGUCAAGUGUUUGAAUCCUAUGUUUCGGAAUACCAUAAGAAUGAUAUUCUUCUAAUCUUGAAGGAAAGUGACGAAGAUGCUCAUUACCCAGUUGUGGUUAAUGCCAUGACCCUUUUUGAGACUAACAUGGAAAUUGGGGAAUAUUUCAACGCAUUCCCGAGUGAAGUACUAACAGUUUUUGAUAGCGCUCUGCGAAGAUCAGCCUUGACAAUUCUCCAGUCCCUUUCUCAACCUGAGGGUGCCUCUAUGAAGCAGAAUCUUCAUGCCAGGAUAUCAGGUUUGCCUGUUUGUCCUGAGCUGGUGAGGGAGCACAUCCCUAAAACCAAGGAUGUGGGACACUUUUUAUCUGUCACUGGGACAGUGAUUCGAACAAGUCUGGUGAAGAUCCUGGAGUUUGAGCGAGAUUACAUGUGUAACAAAUGCAAACAUGUAUUUGUGGUCAAGGCUGACUUUGAGCAGUACUAUACCUUCUGCCGGCCAUCCUCCUGUCCCAGCUUGGAGAGUUGUGAUUCUUCAAAAUUCACUUGCCUCUCAGGCUUGUCUUCAUCUCCAACUAGGUGUAGAGAUUACCAGGAAAUCAAAAUUCAGGAACAGGUGCAAAGGCUAUCUGUUGGAAGUAUUCCACGAUCUAUGAAGGUUAUCCUGGAAGAUGACUUAGUAGACAGUUGCAAAUCUGGUGAUGACCUCACUAUUUACGGAGUUGUAAUGCAACGGUGGAAGCCUUUUCAGCAAGAUGUGCGCUGUGAAGUGGAGAUAGUCCUGAAAGCCAAUUAUGUCCAAGUAAAUAAUGAGCAGUCUGCAGGGAUCAUCAUGGAUGAGGAGGUCCAAAAGGAAUUUGAAGAUUUUUGGGAGUCCUAUAAGAGCGAUCCCUUUGCAGGAAGGAAUGAAAUAUUGGCCAGCUUGUGCCCUCAAGUUUUUGGGAUGUAUCUAGUAAAGCUUGCUGUGGCCAUGGUGCUGGCUGGUGGGAUUCAAAGGACUGAUGCUACAGGAACACGGGUCAGAGGUGAAUCUCAUCUUUUAUUGGUUGGGGAUCCUGGCACAGGGAAAUCUCAAUUCCUCAAGUAUGCAGCAAAGAUUACACCACGCUCUGUGCUCACCACAGGAAUUGGAUCUACUAGUGCAGGUCUGACGGUAACUGCUGUGAAAGACUCAGGAGAAUGGAAUUUGGAGGCUGGCGCAUUAGUACUUGCAGAUGCGGGCCUUUGCUGUAUCGAUGAGUUUAACAGCCUCAAAGAGCAUGAUAGAACCAGUAUCCAUGAGGCAAUGGAGCAACAAACCAUAAGUGUUGCUAAGGCUGGCCUCGUGUGCAAGCUGAACACACGGACCACCAUCCUGGCAGCAACUAACCCCAAAGGCCAGUAUGACCCCCAUGAGUCCGUGUCCGUGAACAUCGCCCUUGGCAGCCCCCUCUUAAGUCGAUUUGAUCUGAUCCUGGUUUUGCUUGAUACCAAGAAUGAAGACUGGGAUCGUAUAAUUUCCUCCUUUAUCUUAGAAAACAAAGGUUACCCAAGCAAAUCAAAGAAGCUCUGGAGCAUGGAAAAGAUGAAAACCUACUUCUGCCUGAUUAGGAAUCUACAGCCCAGGCUGUCCAACGUGGGUAAUCAAGUCCUUCUCCGGUACUACCAGAUGCAGAGGCAGAGUGACUCCCGGAAUGCUGCCCGGACCACCAUCCGCCUGUUGGAAAGCUUGAUCCGAUUAGCAGAAGCUCAUGCUCGCCUGAUGUUUCGUGACACUGUGACUCUGGAAGACGCUGUUACAGCGGUAUCAGUAAUGGAAUCUUCAAUGCAGGGUGGUGCACUGCUAGGAGGGGUGAAUGCACUCCACACUUCCUUUCCUGAAAACCCUCUGAAGCAGUACCAGAGGCAGUGUGAACUUAUUCUGGAAAAGCUAGAGCUGCACAACCUCUUGAGUGAAGAGCUAAGAAGACUUGAAAGGUUACAAAAUCAGAGUGUGCACCAAUCCCAGCCACAGGCAGUGGAGGCAGAGACUAACCCAGGAUCCUCCAAAAAUGACCCAGGAGAAGCAUCAAAGUCCAGAAUCUGGUCAGCACAGCAGGAAGUGAACUGUAGCAUGCUGACCUCCUCUCCUGGACGUAGUCCUGAGGGAAGCCCACUUCCUGAUCCCCUAUCCCAUGGGGAGCCUGAUAGACCAACAAAUAGAAAAUAUUCCGCUGAGCACAAAAAUAGCAAAGAUGACAGUUUGGACUGGUUUGACUCCAUAGCAACUCAUCAGCUUGAACCUCAAAACGCUGUGCCUGUAUUUCCCGAAACAACUGGGGGGAAAAUGGCUUUGCAAAACUUGAAGAACAAAUCUCAGGGUAAGGUAAAGGGUGAGCCAGGCCAAAGGAGCAAAUUGGAAACUGGACAGCUUCCAGCACCAGGAGAGACAGAAGCUCCAUCGAGGCCAGACCAUGUUGAAGGGAAAGAGGCAAAAAGGGCAGCAAUCAUUUCCGAAGUAGCACGGUCUGCUGGUGAACCGGACUCAGUACUGACUCAUCACGUCUCCAGGAAGCUGCACCAGCUGCGCAAGACCAGCGCCCAGGAGUUGUUCAGGAGGCCCGCCACGGUGCCUUUACAGCCCAUAGGCCCUUCUCAGCCUCGGUCCAGUCCUGCCCAUGGCCCUGAAGGAACACUGGAAACUCCCAAAAGAAAGAAACAGAAAUCCCUUGCUCAGGUGGAAGAGCCUGAGCUUGAAAGUGUUGAGAGUCCAGGUCCCCCCCUGGCCAAACUGGCAAAAUUUACUUUCAAACAGAAGUCAAAACUGACCCACUCCCCUGAAGACCACAGUCCUGUGCUUCCUGGCACAACUAAAGGAGCAGUUCCAAGUCCCAGAACUCACCAGAGAGCAAGAAGAGAAGCAGCUCUGCCUGGGAAGGGACCACAAAAGUUGGCCUCUACCUCAGGAAGCAGAAACUCGAAUCAGCCACAGGGUAAGGCAAAGGAAGUGUCCCAGCAGGCACCGGAGGAAGACAGAUCAAGAGAGAAAAGUGAACAUGGCCCUGAAGGAGGAGUUACCCAGCCUGAAUUUAAGCUUGGGAGCCAGACUGGGCAUUCUCCUCUUACUUGUCAAAGAGACAGAAAGGAAGAGGUCUCAUGCAAUAAUAAGAGCAGCAAGGUUCAUGCUUGCACAUUAGCCAAAUUGGCCAACUUCUCCUUUACUUCCCCCUCUGAAUCCAAAUCAGAAUCCCCUCCUCCUCCUGAAAGUGAGAACCAGGGGGCAAGAGGCCCCAGCCCUCCUCCCAGGGCCGCAGCUAUAGUGCUUGGCAGGGAAAGGAAAACUUUUCAGCUGGAGGGGUCCACUGAGAGAUUGCUUCUUUCCAAAAACUCGCUCUUUACUUUAUCAGAACUAGAUGACGAAGCAUUGGAUUUUGAUUGGGAUGAAGAAAUGAGAAAAAAGCCAUAAUCAUGAAAAGCUUUCUAGUCACAUUUCAGCCUCCCCAGCUCCACACAGCACCUUCAGGAUAUCGACAUGUGUCCAUAUAUGUACAGAACUAUUGGCCAUAUUGAGUACCAUUCUGAAUACCAGCUCUCCUGACAGGUUUUAUAAUUUCAGGUUUAUCUUCAUGACUUGCGAAGUUGUAUAAUCAAUGCCGGGCAGUGUGAUACAGCAGUUGAAGUAAUUGACAUUGUGCUUAAUUUUGCAGAUGGAAUACUUGUAUUCCCAGAGAUGUUUGUUUGUUUU